CUAAGGCGGCGGCGGUGCCCCUCCCUGACGACGAUGACGAGGAGGAGGCUGCGGCUGCCGGCCCUGGGACGUCGCAGCCGUCUACGGCCGCUCCUGCGGCAGAUGCCCGACCACCUGCCCAGGCCGAGGCGCGUGCGCAGGUGCAGCCGUUUAAACCUUUUGUCCCUGCAGGCUCCAAGCGGGUGAACUUCUCAGAUCAACUGGAGACACCGCCGCAGGAGAAGCAACAGCAGCAGCCGGAGAAGGCGGCGGAUGGGUUAGCCAAGGCGGCGGCAGCAGUGCCUGCGUCGACGCCUCCACCUACACCCGGCGGCGGUUUCUUCUUCAACGCCCACGCAGGCAGUACGCCCUUCCGGCCUGCAGGCGGAGAGGUACCCCUUGCUGAGACGCCGGCACCCGCCAAGGACAAGGCGGAUGAUGCUCGGCCGGCGGCGACCUCCAUCUUCUCUUUCGGUGCGCCGGCAAGCACGCCCGCACCGGCAGAGGCCGCAGCUGAGAAGGCAAAGCCCUUUGGUGUCGUGACGUCCGGGUCAGACAAGCCCGCCAG